AUGGGCGAGAACGGCGCAAAUCUGCUUCAGCAGAAGGUGACUGAACGAGCGCGUGAGCAGAGAACGACACGCGAUGCAGCACUGGGGAACAAAUUCCAAAAACUGCCUGAUCCAACGUCAUCCGGAGGCGGCACACUGGUACACAACCUGUCGUCAAAGGAACUGACGAAAGAGCAAGUACAGGUUUUAUGGCACGAAGCCUCAUUCAACACAGUUGACGCCAAACCUGUCAACAUGAUUGCAGUAGUGAAAUCGGUCAUGAACCAGACGGAAGCGGCGGAGGAGACGAAGAACCUUAUCCGACGCCAAAUUUCGUCCCUCUUUAUGACUCACAAGCCGCGCGAAAUACUCCCAAAGGUCGAACGUGCUGCACUGAGAGAACUCAAGGCCGAUAAGAUUAUCGUCAUCGUGCCCGGGGAUAAGGGGCGUUCCACCGUCGUACUGGACAGAACAGACUACCUCCAGAAGGCCAAAAACCUACUGGAGGAUAGCCAGUUUUAUGUCCCAUGUGAAACCAACCCCGUAAAGACGCCAACAUGCGAAAUUAAUGCGACACUAUUGCAAUAA